AUGAGGUUGGAGGGGAUGAGAAUGAGAAUGCUGGUAAGAACCAUGGCUCAAACAGCUCUCAUUGGAGACAUCUAUUUCCUCUUUCCUCUCUUCUUGCUAGCUCUUCUCUUUCUCCUUUACAAGACUUUUAGAUCUUCUCCAUCCAAAGGUUCAUCUCUUCCACCAGGACCAUCUCCAUGGCCUAUCAUAGGCAACAUUCCCCAGAUGGGAAGAGAGUCCCAUGUCUCAUUCACCCAUUUAGCCCAAACCUAUGGUCCACUCAUCUCACUAAGACUUGGUCCCCGGCUUCUUGUAGUUGCAUCAUCACAAGCUACAGCAACCGAGAUACUCAAGGUGCAUGACAGUGUACUCUCUGGCCGCUUCGCACCACAGUCGGCAUCCGAUCUCAAGGACAACCCAGAACGCAUGACAAUUGCUUGGGCUCCUGAAUGCAAUGAUCAAUGGAAGAGUCUACGUACCCUUUAUCGGUCUGAACUGUUCUCAUCCAAGCUGCUUGAGUCUCAAGCAUUUUUGAGGGAGAAGAAGGUGAUGGAGCUGAUCAGUUUUCUGAGUAUAAAGGAAGGUGAGGCUGUGAACAUAGGUGAAGUAAUGUUUGCUACUGUUUUUAACAUCUUGAGUAAUCUUUUCCUGUCAAAGGAUUUGGUUAGUUUUGAGGAUGAUGGUACUGAUGGAGGGAUUAAGCAACUGGUGAAGAAAAUAAUGGUGUUGGCAUCAACUCCUGACUUGGGUGAUUUGUUUCCAAUAUUCAAGAGGUUAGAUAUUCAGAGGCUAAACAAGAGAGUGAAGGAAUUGUUUGAGAAGAUCAGUGCUAGGUGGGAGAAUAUCAUCAAAGAAAGAAGAGAAAGGGUUGAUUGUAGUGUUUCAAGCCAACAAGAUUUCUUAGAUGUUCUGAUCAACCAUGGUUUUACUGAUGAUCAGAUCAACAACAUGCUUCAUGAGCUUUUCACUGCUGGUACAGAUACAAGUGGAACAACAAUUGAGUGGGCAAUGGCAGAACUGAUGAAAAAUGAAGAAGCCAUGAACAAAGUUCGAGAUGAACUUACAAAGGAGAUGAGAGGAAAAUUUGUACAAGAGUCUGAUCUACCACGCCUACCUUACCUUCAUGCCUGUGUAAAAGAGACACUAAGAUUACAUCCUCCAGCACCCUUUCUCCUUCCUCACCGUGCAAUUGAUUCAUGUACUGUGAUGAAUUACACCAUACCCAAGGACUCUUUAAUAUUCGUGAAUGCGUGGGCAAUUGGUAGGGACCCUGUGGCCUGGGAUGAUCCAUUAGCCUUCAAACCAGAGAGGUUCCUUGAAUCUGAUGUGGAAUUCAAGGGUAACCAUUUCCAAUUCAUACCGUUUGGUGCAGGAAGGAGAAUCUGCCCAGGACUAUCCAUGGCUGCUAAGCAGAUUCAUUUCAUUCUGGCUUCUUUGAUUCACUCCUUUGAUUGGUCUCUCCCAGAAGACAUGCAUCCAGCCAAUCUAGACAUGAAUGACAAGUUUGGAAUAAUGUUACGGAAGAAACAACCUCUAAUCCUCAUUCCUAAAGCAAGACACAGUCAAUAAUCAAGUCUUCCUUCCACACUAUUGUGAGAGUGGAUUAUGUCUUAUCUUGGUCAGUGUCCAUAGUUUUCUGCUAGCCUUUUUAUCCUAUAUUGAAGGUGUUGUAAAUUAUACUUGCCUUCUAUGCAGAUCUAUUUCAAUUUGUU